GGGAGCACGCGAACGGUCUAUAAGUAGCGCCACGGCGUGUGUCAGCGGCAGAAGCGGUAAGACAGCUCGUACGUCCCAACGCACGUUCCACUACUCGCAUGACAGCUCAGCGAUAGCAGGCGACAUAACGCAAACUGCUCGGUGGGACCCGACUGUCAGGCGGCUCAUAUCUUUUGAAGCAUCUCCAGACAUUUUUUUCAACGUUACUUUUCCCGCGACUCCAAACAGGAUUUACUUCUUUUCGCGUUUCCCUGGUUUGAACAAUAAUGCCAGCUGACACUAUGGAAAAGCAGACGGCAUCCCCUAUUGCCGGUGCCCCUGCAAGCGGAUCACACACACCGGACAAACCGAAAAACGCCAGCGAGCACAGAAAAUCAUCUAAACCCAUCAUGGAAAAACGCCGGAGAGCGAGAAUCAACGAAAGCCUCGGGCAGCUCAAGACGCUCAUUCUGGACGCACUUAAAAAAGAUAGCUCCAGACACUCCAAGUUGGAAAAAGCAGACAUCCUGGAAAUGACAGUGAAGCACCUGAGAAACCUGCAGCGCGUACAGAUGAGCGCAGCGCUCUCAGCAGAUGCCACCGUCCUGAGCAAAUACAGAGCCGGAUUCAACGAGUGCAUGAACGAGGUUACCCGUUUCCUGUCCACCUCAGAGGGAGUCAACACGGAAGUGAGGUCGAGGCUCCUCAACCACCUGUCCAGCUGCAUGAGCCAGAUGAUGUCCAUGAACUACUCGCAGCAGGCCCCGUCCCAGCAGACGCACCUGUCCCAGCCUCUCCAUGUGCAGCUCCCACCCAGUCUGCCCAUCAGCGGUACCGCCAUGGGCUCUAAACUUAGUCCUGCUGAGGCCGUCUCCCCUAAGGUGUUUGGUGGGUUCCAGCUGGUGCCUGCAACCGAUGGACAGUUCGCCUUUUUGAUCCCUAACCCGGCCUUUGCCUCCUCCACGGCCCCUGUCAUCCCUCUUUACGCAAACGCAGGAGUGCCUGUUGCAGUUAACACCAGUCCGGUGCACAGCAGCUCAGCACCGACUGCAGCAUCACCAGUCCAUGGCAUGACAUCCUUCUCUGGAUGGUCCCAGGCGAUAGUCAGCACUGGCUGGGAGAGCAACGAGCCUGUCUGGAGGCCCUGGUAGUUUAGGGGACAAGAGACUCAAGUGAAGCCAGUUUCCAUUACUUUUCCAGUUUAGACAUUUAACUGACUGCAGCUGCUGCGGGGAUUGAACUUGUGACGUUUCCACUACAGUGCAACAACUCCAACCCCUUAAUAAUCCCAGUAGUUCGCUUUGUUUCGUUUUAUGGAACAGGGGUUGCGUAAAAAGUGGCGCAUAGCUUUCUAAAUAAUUUAUUGUCUGGCUCCAACAUUUGGAUGUCAGUGAUAAACAUACUGUACAUGCAGAAGAUUUAUAGGAUUGUUUUUGGUAUGAAGUACUUUUUAUGAAAAGGUUUUAGUUUUGUACAGAGUUGUAUUGGAUUGUUAUACCAAAGCUGUGUUUUAUAUUCUUUGUUGUUUUGUGUUGAAAACAAAAACUUAAUUUGGGUGAUGACCCAUUGUUUUAAUAAACUAC